AUGUUAAACUUCUUCGCACUUCUCAUCAUCAUACCAAUUGGCUCAUCCUUAGUACAAUUACCACGUGCUAACGCUGUUCAUCCAACUUCUGGCCUAGCUUUUCGAUACCUGGCACAAUAUGCGCCAGCCGAUAACAUUAUAUCUUUUACUGUGGCAUUACCUCUCACCCAAGACAUGUGCUAUCUACUUCCAUUACAUACAUUACAUAAAAUACCACAAUGUGGCUACGAUCCAUCAGGAUCAUCGCCUACCAAUACAACACGCCACAAACGCUUAAUCACUGAUCUCAUUGCAAUUGGGACAGGGUCAACAGCCCUCGCAAUGUCAACGAUCAACUAUGCUCACAUAACACAAAUUCAACAUGAUAUAGAGACGAUUACCAAAGCACUCACCAAACUCGAUUCAGUAUCAGCAGAACUUCUUCAUCUUCAAGCUGGUCAACUAAAACUUGCGUUAGUACUUAAUCAUACACAAAGUGCUUUGAAUCGCACUUCAGCCAUUAUAAACCAUCAUGGAAUUGCUAUAGAACACCUAGGUAUUUUUGCAAGAUACCUAGACAAUCGACUUUCUACAUUUAUUCAUUCUGUGGAAUCUCACUUUUUACAUGCCUCCAUUGCGGAUAUUCUUGCUAACCGACUCAAUCUUAAUUUCAUACAUCAUCGGGAUUUAAACAAAGUGGCAAACCACAUUGCAAUGUCUACCAAUGUCAACUUUACUACUGAACACCUAGGACCACCACUAAUUGAUUUACUUAGUCGUCUUCUAGUGCAACAGACCAUUCACUUCGUACCAACAACAUCUUCCAAUCAAACAGAUUCAAUCUUGGGAACACUAUCAAUUUCUUCUUUCUUUGCAGAUACCAAACGACGCAUUACUCCAUUUGCAGUAUAUGAACUAUUCUCAGUACCUUUUUACUAUUAUGGAAAACGCGUUCGUUUAGCAAAUUUACCAAAAGCUAUUGGUAUUGAUUACACUAACUUUCAGCUUAUUAAAUGGAGUGAAACUGAUUUUCAAAUNCUAUACGAUUCUUUUUCAUCUAAAAAAUUGCAAAACAACAGGUGUUAG